AAUUCUAGGGGAGCAGCAACAGCAUCUGAGAAGGAAGCAAAAAAGACGGGGACUUGAGACGGACACAUGCGUCAAAGGCUCAAAGCUAAGGCGCCAAGUAUUGUGUGAUUUUCAGGGGACAAGCAUUUGGGCGUGUACUCUAACAAUCCAAAUUCUUUCCUUCUUUACGGCUAUAACUUUGAGAAAGGUGUAUAUUUCUUGAUAGCAUGGAAGGAAUUGUUGUCAGAAGGGUCAUUCCCUCGGACAACAGUUGUCUUUUCAAUGCAGUGGGAUAUGUGAUGGAUCAUGAUAAACACAAGGCUCCUGAACUAAGACAGGUUAUUGCCGCAACGGUGGCAAGUGAUCCUACAAAAUACUCUGAGGCCUUUCUUGGAAAACCAAAUGAAGAGUACUGUGCUUGGAUUCUCAACUCUGACAAGUGGGGAGGUGCUAUUGAGCUUUCAAUAUUAGCAGAAUAUUAUGGAAGAGAAAUUGCAGCAUUUGACAUCCAAACCACCCGAUGUGAUUUGUAUGGUCAGGAAAUGAAGUAUGCGGAGAGGGUUAUGCUGAUUUAUGAUGGGCUCCAUUAUGAUGCCUUGGCUAUGUCUCCUUUUAAUGGAGCUCCAGAGGAGUUCGACCAAACAAUAUUUACCGUGCAGAGGGAUAGGACCAUUGGUCCAAUUGAGGAGCUUGCACUUGAUUUUGUUAAGGAUCAGCAAAGGAAGAGGAGUUACACAGACACAGCUAACUUCACAUUGCGUUGUGGGGUGUGUCAAAUUGGUGUCAUUGGCCAGAAGGAAGCUAUUGAACAUGCAAAGGCAACUGGACAUGCUAACUUUCAAGAGUAUAGAUAGAAGGGAGCAGAGAGGGAAGAAGAAAAGGAAAAUGGAAAAUCAAUCUUAGUGAGCUUCUCUACAUAUUUAUUUGAUUGAUUUUUGUGAGGCUCAUUCUAACACAUCUCAUUGGGUUGGAAAUAAUAAGGUAGUUUAAUUUAUGUGGGAACUGUUGUAGAAUGAUUUGUAUGCUUUAUAUUGUUAAGCAAAUAGAAGAAUUUUCUGGUUAUGUUUAAGGAUUUAUUUUGGAGUAAAAGUUUACAAUAGAGAUAGGUAAGUAUGUAAGUUUACUAGCAACGAUUUUCUGAUGUACUGUCACUGAUGGUUGAUCUCAGCAUAUGGUUAGGUUUCUGACUUUCUGUUCUUCCUCUGCCCUCUUUGAGGAGCCAUUUCUUCAGGCCAAUUGUAUUUCUAGUACAUAUGUUACUA